AUGUUUCCCUUUUCCCUGGCCCUGUUCCCCAAUUGGAGCUGGCUGUGUAUCUUCUCGGUGCUUUUUUUGUUUCGAUAUGUUAGACUAUGGGUCAACCUGGCCAGCAACUGGACCUACACGCCCAUGCAGCCCGUCGACGACCCCACAAUCACCUCCAAGGACAUGACCGUCAUCAUCCCCACCGUGGCCGAGGAUCUCCAGCAGUUGAAAGAGACGGUCCAGAGCGCCUACCGCCUCGAGCCCUUUGAGCUGCUGCUCGUGACGCCUGACUCGCGCGUCAAGCGUGUCUAUCAGAUGGUCGAGGAGCUGGGCAGCCCCAAAAUCAUCCAGGUCCUGUCCGUCAGCCAGGCCAACAAGCGCCGGCAGUUGUGUCGCGCCAUUCCCGAGGUCGAGACCAAAAUCACGCUGCUGCUCGACGACGACGUCUGGCUGCCCGAAAAGUUCACCAAAUGGAUACUCGCUCCCUUUGAGGACCCACGCGUCGGCGGCGUCGGCACCAACCAGCAGAUUCGCCGGUUUAACCGCUCCAACAUCUGGGAGUUUUUGGGCGCCAUCUACCUGGUCAGGAGGAAUUUCGACUGCACUGCCUGCAACUGGAUAGACGGCGGCCUGCCCUGCCUGUCCGGCCGCGCCGUAGCCUACCGUUCCGAGAUUCUGCAAGACCCAAACUUCACCUACGGCUUCACCCACGAGACGUGGGGCAGCGACCAUUUCCUCAAUGCCGACGACAUGCUCCAAAAUCAACCCAUCAUGCGUCUAACAAAACUACUGCCGUCCAAAAGUGCCGCCGAGGCGGCGGCGGCGGCGGGCGGGCGGCGGCGACGGCAGCCGACGAGGUCGUCGUGA